GUUUUUGUUUAAAAUUUAUUUGAAUUAAAUUCUUAUCAUUAUUUAAUAUUUUGCAAUGCUGUUUUAUUUAAAGAAGUAAAUCAUUGCUGAAAGAUAAUUUCAAAACAAGUUACAUUUAGUGAUUAUCAUAUCUUGCAAUAGUACCAUAUUUUCUUUAUCCAAGUAUAUAUUUUCAAAAAAUUAGAACUGAUUAUUUAGAAAAAAUUAUACCAUGUCUUUAAAUAAUUUAACAAGAAUUAGUAAAAAUGGACUAGAAACCAUUUUUAAAAGUCUAAAUAAAAGAACCAUAUUGUCCCGGAAGGCUUCCAGUUUGGCUUCCUUUAAUUGGCAAGAUCCAUUGAAUUUAGAAUCUUUAUUAACAGAUGAAGAAAAGCUAGUAAGAGACCAAUUUAAAUCAUAUUGUCAAGAAAAAUUAAUGCCAAGAGUAAUAGAAGCCAACAGAAAUGAAGUAUUUCAUAGAGAAAUAAUGAAUGAAAUAGGCCAGUUAGGAGUAUUAGGUUGUACAUUAAAAGGUUAUGGAUGUGCUGGCGUGUCAAGUGUGGCUUAUGGUUUAUUGACAAGGGAGGUAGAAAGAGUUGACAGUGCAUAUAGAUCUGCAGUUAGUGUCCAAUCUUCAUUAGUUAUGGGUGCAAUAUACAACUACGGAAGUGAAGAACAAAAACAACAAUACAUUCCAAAACUAGCAAAAGGUGAAUAUAUUGGAUGCUUUGGUUUAACGGAACCCAAUCAUGGAAGUGACAUUGGGUCAAUGGAAACCAGAGCAAAAUAUGAUCCAUCAUCUAAAACUUACACAAUCAAUGGAAGCAAAACCUGGAUAACAAAUUCUCCUAUAUCAGAUAUCUUUAUUGUUUGGGCUAGAUGUGAUGAUUCUAAAGUAAGAGGUUUUAUAAUUAAUAAAAAAGAAUUCGGAAAAGGACUUGAAGCACCAAAAAUUCAGGGAAAAUUUUCUUUAAGAGGAUCUACAACAGGUAUGAUACUUAUGGACAAUGUAAAAGUACCUGAAGACCAUUUACUACCGAACGUCACUGGAAUGAGUGGGCCGUUUGGAUGUCUAAACAAUGCACGUUACGGCAUAGCAUGGGGUGCUCUUGGAGCAGCUGAAAGCUGUCUAGAGAUUGCUAGAAAUUAUACAUUAGAAAGAAAACAAUUUAAUAAACCUCUAGCAGCUAAUCAGUUGAUACAGAAAAAGUUGGCUGACAUGAUGACUGACAUUUCAUUGGGUCUUAUGGGCUGUUAUCAAGUUGGUCGCUUGAAGGAUAAAAAUAUGCACUCUCCUGAUAUGAUCUCCAUGUUGAAGAGGAAUAACGCUGGUAAAGCUUUGGAAAUUGCUAGAGUAGCAAGAGAUAUGCUAGGUGGUAAUGGAAUAUCUGACGAAUAUCACGUUAUUAGACAUGUCAUGAACUUGGAAGCAGUCAAUACAUACGAAGGUACACACGAUGUUCAUGCAUUGAUUUUGGGACGUGCAAUAACUGGUAUAGCAGCUUUUUAA